AUGGCCCCCGCAAACAAACGGAAAGCCUCGACGAAACCGCAGUUCUGGGUCCCUGAGGAAUACCGGGAAGACAAAUCCAAGGGCAACAUGCUCCGGUUCGAGGACUCUCUGCCGAAACUGCCAGUCCCCUCCCUCGAAGAGACAUCCGCCCGCUACCUGAAGAGUCUGCACCCUCUCCUGACCAAAGAAGAAUACUCGGCCUCAGAAAAAGCGGUGGCAGCGUUCAACAAGCCGGGAAGUCUGGGACCCAAGCUACAAGAAAGAUUGAUCGCCAAAGCGCAGGACCCCAACGUGAAGAACUGGAUCAUCGAUUGGUGGAACGAGGCGGCAUACCUGGGCUACCGCGACCCUGUGGUGCCUUAUGUUUCCUACUUCUACUCCUUCCGCGACGAUAGACGUCGAAGAGACCCGGCCAAACGUGCGGCCGCCAUCACCACCGCCGCUCUCGAGUUUAAGCGCCAGGUCGACACCAGCAGCUUGGAGCCCGAGUACAUGCGCGGAAAGCCCAUGGCGAUGAGCAGCUACGAGUACAUGUUCAACACCUCUCGAGUCGCCGCGUUGCCCACCGAUUAUCCGAUUCAAUACCCGGCCGAAGGCAACGAGCACAUCAUCGCGGUGCGAAACCACCAAUUCUGGAAGAUCCAAACCCAUGCCAACGGAAGACAACUCAACACGUCCGAACUGGAACAGCAGUUCAACAAGGUGUACAAAGGUGCUCAGAUUGCUGAUCCCGUUGGCGCCAUCACAACCUUCCCGCGUGACCAAGGUGCCAAAGCCCGCGAAAACCUUUUGGCGGCAUCUCCGUUGAACGAGGCCGUGCUGAAGGAAAUCGAAGCCUCCUCGUUCGUCGUCUGCCUGGACACUACCACCCCCAUCACCCUGGAAGAGCGAGCCCACGUCUACUGGCACGGCGACGGAGCAAACCGAUGGUUUGACAAGCCACUGCAGUUCAUCGUCAAUGACAAUGGCACCGCAGGUUUCAUCGGGGAACACAGCAUGAUGGACGGCACCCCCACACACCGUCUGUGCGACACUGUCAACGCCCUCAUUGUACAAAACAAACUGGACUUUGACAACCCGAGCAUUCGAUCCGACCUUCCAGACCCGACUCCCUUGAAAUUCGAGACCUCUGCCGCCGUCCUGGACGAUCUGGCCAAUGCCCAGGCGCAAUUCCGCCAGGUGAUCUCUCAACACGAUCUCCGAGUGCAAGCCUACCAAGCAUACGGCAAGGGACUGAUCAAGAAAUUCAAGUGUUCCCCAGACGCAUACGUGCAAAUGGUCAUUCAACUGGCUUACCACAAGAUGUACGGCAAGAACCGACCGACGUACGAAUCUGCCGCCACCCGGAAGUAUCAGCUGGGCCGGACCGAAACCACGCGUUCUGUUUCAGACGAGUCGGUGGCCUUCUGCAACGCCAUCGCUGACCCGUCGGUGCCGAGAGAAGAGACCGAACGUCUAUUCCGGGCCGCGGUGAAGGCUCACGUGGAAUACACGGCCGCCGCCAGCGAGGGCUACGGGGUCGACCGACACUUGUUUGGAUUGAAGAAGUUGAUCAAAGAGGGCGAAGAACUGCCGGAACUGUUCAAGGACCCAGCCUACGCAUACUCGUCGACGUGGUACAUUAGUUCCAGUCAAUUGAGUUCCGAAUACUUCAACGGCUACGGAUGGAGUCAAGUGGUCGACCAGGGAUGGGGUAUUGCUUAUAUGAUCAACGAAAACAGUUUACAAUUCAACGUGGUAUCCAAGAGACUCGGGUGUGAGCGAAUGAGCUUCUUCUUGAACGAAGCGGCCAACGACAUUCGCGACCUGUUGCUGCCUUCUCUGGAAGGGGCCAAAGCGGAACCCAUCAAGGCGAAGUUGUAG